AUGCAGGCAAAGAUCGAGUGCUUCACCGACAACCCCGGGAUCCUGAUGUACGGCAACAUGUGCGUCGUGUACACGACCGGGAUCUGGCUCUUGCUGGCCUCCUACUUCGAGCUGCCCGUGUCCACCACCCACUCCACCAUCGGAGGCAUCGUCGGGAUGGCCAUGACCUAUCGCGGCGCCGACUGCGUGGUCUGGUACGAGGAGGCCGACCUCUUCCCCUACCUCAAGGGAAUCUCCGCCAUCGUGGCCUCGUGGGUUCUAUCCCCGGUCCUCUCCGCGGUGAUCGCGGUAGCGCUGUUCCUGUUCAUGAGGACAUUCGUUCUCCGGUCGCCCGACUCCCACCAGAGAGCUAUCGUCGUCUUCCCCUUCCUCGUGACCGCCACCAUCGCCGUCAACGGCAAUAAGGGUCUUGACCCGAAUAACACCACCCUCCCCGUCGCUCACACACGCCCCCCCGUUACCUCUCGACCUACCGUUUCAGUCUUCUUCAUCGUGUACAAGGGUGCCAAGGGUCUCGACCUGGACGACACCAGCCUCUCCACCGCGUUCGCCUGGGCCUUGGGCCUGGGGGGGGGGAUCGGCCUGGCCAUGAUCCCCACGGUGCUCCCCUACAUGCGGAGGAACAUUGCCGCCAAGUUCAACGAGGACGGCACCCUCAAGCCGGUUGCCGCGGUGGAGGAGAAGGAGAAGCAGAGCGGCGUGGUCGGGUUCGUAAUGAACCAGAUUAACCAGGACAUCCACUCGAGCGUCAAGGAUUCGGGGUACGUCAGCCAGAUCCACGACAACGCGGAGAAGUUCGACCCCCGCGCGGAGGAGGCCUUCAAGUACGUGCAGGUUUUUACCGCCAUCUGCGACUCCUUCUCGCACGGAGCGAACGACGUUGCCAACGCCAUGGGACCCUUCGCGGCCAUCUACCUGGUCUACUCCACCGGCGUGGUCAGCUCGGAAGGCGACCUCGGGGACGACGCCUUCUGGAUCCUCGCUCUGGGCGGUUUCGGUAUCGUUGCCGGACUGGCCAUCUACGGGUACAAGAUCAUCGCCGCCAUCGGCGUCAAGAUCGCCAAGAUCACCCCGUCCCGUGGUUUCGCGAUCGAGCUCGGGUCCGCCAUGAUGGUCAUCAUCGGCACCCGGCUCGAGAUCCCCCUCUCCACCACCCACUGCCAGGUCGGGGCCACCACCGGUGUCGCCCUCCUCGAGGGAGCCGGAGGCGUGAACGGCACGGUGCUCGCGAAGGCCGUGUUCGGCUGGAUCGUCACCAUCAUCGUGUGCGCCCUCACGUGCUCCGUGAUCUUCGCGCAGGGGGCCUACGCUCCCUACGUGUACGACACCAUCAUCCUUCCGGAGACCACCUAGUCCUCGUAAGACAGAAAAAAAAAAACUCAUGACAUGAACAGUCAGCUACACAAGAUGACCACCUGCUGACUGAUCUUGUCCAGCCUGUGACUCACAGGGGGAUAAUGUGGCUGUGUGCUGCUCGGGGAACCGAAGGAUUACAUUUGACCACUUUUUUUUAGGAAAUAAAAAUCUUUCGCCCGUGUUUGUCGCCCUUGCCCCUGCCUGCUGUUGAUGCAGUAGUAGUAGCAGUACCUUCGCAGUUUUUUUCUACGAAGUAAACAUGUUGGAUGAAGCAUGCAAUCGGGGAAGUUGGGUUAGGGUCAGGAACAGGGUCGGCGCACGCACGUACCCUCUCCUCCCUGUUAUUAUAUAUACCUCAACUCAGUUGGUUUCUCGCGAAGGCGACCAGGAGGUAGCCUUUACCCUUUCUACUAAUUAUUACGCAAACAUGAUGGAUAAAGGAUGAAGUUGGUAGAUCAAGGCUGCUGGCGUUCGUUUUCGGGGCGAAAAGAGGGGAGUGUCUCUUUGUGUGUAGAAAUUCCAAGACAUCUCAUGGGAUCCAUAUCCAUCCAUCCGUGGUUCCAUGAUUUGUUCCUUUUUUGGAAUCCAUCCGGUUUAAUCGCAGCUUUGCAGUUACAAGCCAUACCGAGGAUCAUUUAAGUGCAGUAUUGGAUUGAUGUUGAGGCUCCUUCGGACUACCACUACUUGUUCUGAUGUCCGUCAAAAUUUUUCGUUGCUUGAGAUUUCUCCGCACCGGGCGGUGGAAACAUAACACAAAAGUCUGUGUAGGCAGCAGCAGCAGUAGUCGUGCAGUAGUAUUUAUAGGAGGAGGAGGAGGAGGAGGAGGAGGAGGCAGUUAGGAACUAGUUACGUCUAAGAUGGGUUCCCUUUUCAAAAACAAACGCCCGACCUAUUGGUUGGUUGUUUCAGCGCAAUAGAUGGAUUCCCUUUUCAAAAACAAACGCCCGACCUAUUGGUUGGUUGUUUCAGCGCAAUAGAUGGAUUCCCUUUUCAAAAUCGCCCCACCUUUUGGUUGUUUCAGCCGCCAACUCUUCCCUGCGGAGAGAGACUACGGCUCACAAACUGCUGCGCGCCGUGUCUCGC